AUGAACAUGGGUGUGGGUCGCCCACGCCGCUCUGCUUGGAAGUUUUCGAGAUUGACUACGUUCCGACUCGACAACUCUCAACGCCCGGCGAGACCCAGCAACACCGACAAAAUGGUCGCCGCUAAGCAGCACAUCCCUAUCGUCAAGAAGCGGACCAACCGCUUCACCCGUCACCAGUCUGACCGGUUCCACCGUGUCGGUGCCUCGUGGCGCAAGCCCAAGGGUAUCGAUAACUGUGUCCGCCGUCGCUUCAAGGGCCAGAUUGCCAUGCCCUCCAUCGGUUACGGUUCCAACAAGAAGACCCGCCACAUGAUGCCCUCCGGCCACAAGGCUUUCCUCGUCCACAACCCCAAGGACGUCGAGCUCCUCCUGAUGCACAACCGCACCUUCGCUGCUGAGAUCGGCCACGCCGUCUCUUCCCGCAAGCGUGUCGACAUCAUCGCCAAGGCCAAGGCUCUCGGUGUCAAGGUCACCAACGCCAAGGGCCGUGUCACCACUGAGGCUUAA